GCCCCCACCGGGGAAGUAGGUGAAAGGGCGCGAGCAGGGAGGAGCAGCAGAUGAUCACGCUCACCUCACGUGAUUCCUUCUGCGUCUGACUGACCGUGACUGUGUGCGUGUGCUCACAAAGCGUCCGCAGUCCGACAGAUACACGAUUCAAAUGAAAGAGCCUAAUACUCAAUUCAUGCUCUAAUAUUGCAUAUAUCUCUAUUUUUAUUUUGUAAAUGAAAGCUGCAGCAUGGAUGUUGAGGAGCUCCACUCAGACGUCUGGGGUGAACUCCAGCCAGCUCUUUUGGGUGCAGGUGACAUGGAGGCUGUGGAGGCUCUGAUGUCCAUGACGAAGCACUGGGAGACCAGGGGCUCCAGGCUCAGUCACUGCAGGCCCCUGACGCCGUCCUCGGACUGCUCAGAGGACGACGCUGUCCCCUUUGGGUCCGCCACUCUUCGGGACUCUCUUACGUGCAUGACGCCGCCGUACAGUCCACCCAACUUCGAGGCCUCCCACUCGCCCUCAGCCGCGACCUCGCAUCCACCCGGAGCCGCCGGAAGUCCGAGCUGGCAGUCGACAGAGGAGACCCGCCGCCAUGUGUGCGCCGCCGCUCCUCAGCGUCGCUUCCUGUGUGCCAGUGUCAUCCGUCACACUUCAGAUGGCGUUGAUCGCUGCGUCCCCGGCGCGGACGGGCCAGCACAAACUCACACGAAAGGCCUUCAAACGGAGUUGAGCUCUGAGCGCGGGCUGAGCGGUGCCGCGGAGCAGAACUCCGCUGCAGCCACGCCGCAGAGCUCCUUAGGAACGACCGCUGAAGCUCGCCGGCUGAGUCCGUCAGGCCCGGUUGACACAUCCGUCACAUCUCCGGCUGUCUCCCCCGUGCCCGUCUUCUGCCACAUCCUUCCCUUCUCCUGUCCUGCCUCCGCCGGUCGCCAGCAGCACCCGGGCCCGAUGCCGCCAGCCCCCGCGCCACGAAAGCAAGCACCAGCUUGUCCCGCCCACGUCUUCCUCCUGGGGGGCCCGGUGGCGCUCAUCGUCCCCCAGCCAGUUGCCCCCGCACUCUACGUCCAGCCGCCACUGGUGACCACUGUCAGCGGCGGCGCCAAGCUACUGGCCAUCGCCCCGGCGCCCUGCCGAGCCCCGUCGGAGCAAAGAGGAAACCCGCUGCAGCCGGAGGCGUCCCGUGCACGCAGCCAUGUCUGUCCCCGUGAGGACUGCAGCAAGACCUACUUCAAGAGCUCCCACCUCAAGGCCCACAUGAGGACACACACGGGUGAGAAGCCCUUCAAGUGCAAGUGGGAGGGCUGCGAGAGGCGGUUCGCCCGCUCCGACGAGCUGUCCCGCCACCGGCGGACGCACACGGGGGAGAAAAGGUUUGCCUGUCCCGCAUGCCUCAGCCGCUUCAUGCGAAGCGACCACCUCGCCAAGCACGCCCGGCGGCACCUGGCGGGAGGAGGGCGCCUGCUGGCCGCUAAAAGUCAGGCAGUCCGCUGACCUGGACAAGAUCCCUGUGACCCGGCGACGUGCACACAGCGCUUUGGACUGUUGAACGCGCCUUUGAGCCUCGCAGUGUGUUCUGGUUUGCUUUGUUACAUGUCAGUCGGCCAAAAACAUCUGCUUUUAAUGAGAAUAGCUGGGUACGAUCGAAGAGAGAGAUUGUUUACAUUUGACGUCAAACUACUGCGUCCCUCAAACGGAGCAUUUAACCUGAAAAUAUGUUUCACUAUGUACAGAUCAACACUUUGCACCUUUACCUGUAGCUGAUGUUCAACCAAAGAAUGUUUCAUAUGGUUCUUUUGUGCUUUACCAGUAUCUAUUUUUGUUAUAAAAAACUAUUUUGCACAACCCUGUUUGUUGCAGGGACAUUACAGAUCUUUGUUACACUGGAACGCGUGUUUUCUUUUUGUGUGUGUAAUCAAAGCCUUUAUUCCUGUUCAGUUCCUACGUGGUUGACUUGAGACAUUUAGCUGCUCCAACCAAAGUGGUUUCUCUUCUGAUCAUUGUCCAAGAUGAGGUCAUGUUAUGCUGCCGUCACACAGAAUACGGAUAUUAAUAAAAGACACCCGUGUGGUUCACAAUC